CAUACGUGUGUGUGAGGCCGCGGAGCACUCUGCAGAGCUGGUGACGGCGGGCGCCGGGAAUGUGUGUGUGUGGUCAGUGACGCUCAUGAAGUGCAGGUUGAAGAUGGAGGAAGGGCUGCGGCGCCGGACGUUCACUCACAUGGCGUUGGCUCCUCCACGGUUUGAGAAGCCUCACAGGGCCUUCGUUGUGUGUGGACAUGUGGUGACGGUGGUCGACCUCGAUGGCGGGACGGUUUUGGAGCACAAGACGGAUCUCUGCUCGGGAGAUAUCACUGCUGUGGCGUUCUGCGCUCAGCUUGACUGUCUGAUCACGGCGUCCCAAGAGCGCUCCAUUCAGGUCUGGGGUCCUGAUUGGGAAGGCCGCGUGGCUUUUGAAGGAGGUGUUGUGACCUCUCUGUUCUUCUGCCCGUCUCUGAACAUGCUGCUGUCGGCUGCAAACGAUUGUUCCAUCCGCUGCUGGAGCGUGGAAGACGGUGACGCGGUUCAGUGCGUCCACACAGAGCGGGACAACCCUCCGAUGAGCAUCGGUGGCACGAGGAAGGGAGACGCUUUCUUCUCCUUCUCUCGCCGCGGGGUCGACUUCUGGUCCAUCAGAAACUUGUACACACUCCACUGCGCACUGGAACGACGCCAAAAAGCUCCUCUGAGACAAAUCCUAGUCACCUCCUUUCCUGCUCCCUUCCCCACCAGAGUUCUGUGUGUGAGCGGCGACGGGGACAUCUCACUGGUUGCCGCGGAAACCGGAGCGUUGUUGACUUCUUUCAGGGUGGAGCAGAGGGUUUCGUGUGCAGACUACUGCCUGCAGAAAGAGAUCCUGUUAGCGCUGACCGAUACAGGGACGCUGCUACAAGCUAACACGCUGACCAAUCCGGUCACUUUGAUGAAUGAGUGGCGGGGGAGGGGACAGGGACCCUGGCAGCGCAAAGACCAUGUGACUGAAGAGGACGCCCAAAAUCUGCCUGUCCCCGGCGCGGCAUGCUGCAUGGUACUCUACUGCCAUGUGAGAGAAACACAGAACGCUCUGGAGGAGUGGAGGAGUCUGCAGGACGGCAGAGGAAGCAGCCAGAGGAAGAAGAAAGAUCUCCACGAUGACAAGAACAUCUUUCUGAUCGUCCUCGGACACGCCGGAGGCUGCGUGAGCGUUCUGAGGUUCAGUGACGGGAAGGUCAUGUGCAGGACGCCGGCGCACAACGGCCAGAGAGUCACCGCAACGCACGUGUACCCCGAGCACAGCUACCUCCUGACAACAGGUGAGGACUUGACCUUGGUGGUGUGGAAGGUUAACCCUUUCUCGAGGAGUGUCUGAGCCUGCAGGUCAGUCUACACUGCGCUCUGCCUCAG